GGUUAGGUUCAUGUUUAGGUUAGUUAUGGGAUCCACACAUGGAAUGAAAGUCAUCCUCUCCUUAAUUUUCAUGAUGGUAAUUUUCGCCUUGAGUUUCCCAGAAAUUGCAGGACAGACAAUCUUAUCUAGUGGAUUCAUAACAGGGAGAAAUUUGCUUCAGACAGACGGUGUCUCAGAACCCAUUGGACAGACAGAUGAUACUGUGAGGGUGGAUCCUUUAGACCAUUUUAAGAAAUACAGAGGAGGAUAUAACAUUACCAACAAGCAUUAUUGGAGUUCAACUAUAUUUACUGGAAGUUAUGGAUAUUGCAUUGGGGUGUUGUGGCUUUUGUGUGGACUUGUAUAUGGAGGUUUUCUAUUGGCAAAUAUAUAUUGUAGUAAAACUAGAAAGAGUGGAAAGCUGAGGAAAAGAUCACCUUGUCAUAGGCAGUGUUACCUCUGGCAUAUUCUCGUGGUCAUAUCCUUGACAAUCCUGGCAAUAGCUGCAUCUGGGUUAGUUCUGGCGGGCAGUGCAAAAUUUCACUCACAAGCAAAAACUGUUGUGAACAUUAUCAUUAACACCGCAAAUGAGGCAUCAGAAACCAUACACAACACAACAGAGGCAAUGAAUAACAUUGCAAAUAACUUAGAAACAUCCAGUGAAAACAGUGAAACUUCUAGCUUCCUUACCUCCACAUCCAAGAAACUCGAUGUUGAAGCUGCAGACAUACAAAUACAGGCUAAGAAGAACAGGCGUCUGAUUGACAAGGGUCUACGGAUAGUGUACAUACUAACCACAUUCAUUAUUUCGUUGAACCUGGUUGCGGUCAUAGCUUUAUCAGUCUUUGGAACUCUGAGGGUUCGCCGUGCCCUUCACUUAUUCAUCAUACUAUGCUGGUUCCUUACAGUUCUAUGCUGGUUGUUCUUUGGAAUGUACUUCUUCUUGGAAAAGUUCUCAGGUGAUACUUGCACAGCUCUUGAAAACUUCCAACAAAAUCCCGACAACAACAGCUUGAGCUCAAUCCUUCCUUGUGAUGAAUUGCUCUCAGCUAAAUCAGUCCUAUUUGAUGUCAGUGCAGGGAUAUACACCCUUGUAAAUGAGGUGAACUUGAAUAUAUCAGUUCUACAGGCAACAUCUUAUCCAAAUCUUGCUCAUGUCUGCAAUCCUUUCUCUUCACCACCAAAGUACCAAUACCAGCCAGACAACUGUCCAGCUGACACAAUUCGAAUAGGUGACAUCCCAAAGGUAUUGAAGUUACUUACUUGUUCUGAAGCCAACAAUGCGACAUGUGAAUUUGGAUUUAUAUCCAAUACCGAUUAUAAGACAGUGGAGUCUUACUCAAGUUCAGUACAAAAUCUGCUAAAUGCGUACCCAGGUAUGGAAAGUCUGGUAGAAUGUCAGUCAGUGAAGGACGCCUUUUCUGAGAUCCUGCUAAACCACUGCAAACCUUUGAAGAGAGAUGUUCAAAUGGUUUGGGUGUCAAUGGUCUUUCUGUCAAUGAUCAUGGUGUUUUUAAUUUUUAUAUGGAUAGCACAAGCUAAUCAUGAGAAGAAUCAUCAUUUUUCAGAUGGUUCUGUGAAACCCAAUUUAGCUAAAGCAAAUAUGCUGGAUGCAGGAACAGCUAAAGAAAUUAACUGUAACCCAAAUUCUAGCGUAGUCUAGAACUAGCAAUUAGUUUCAAGGAAAAUACUGGAAGACAAACGCGCAAGCGACUUCCAAAAACUCUAGAAUAGGAUAGGAUUAUCAUAUACAAGAUUAUAUAUGUACAUAAAGAAAGCAAAGAUCAAGAAGAAAUUGCGAUGGGUGCAACAAAAUUAUUGUACCAGAAAACUGGAACACAAUUCUUUGUUUUUUUGAUAAAGUAGAAGGCCAAAGCAGGGGACCAACCCCAUAAUGAAGUGUAAGGAAAUAUGUCAAGCAAUAUAUUUUACUUGAUUCAA